GAUGCUAAAGUAAAAAUGAAGGCGAUAAAUGACAAUAAUCAUAGGGAGGACAAUCCCAUACAACGUCCUCCAAUGCCAAUAUCAAACAUAGAACAUUGUGUUGCGUCACCAAGUGGAUACCAAGAUAGUGAAGUGUUCUAUAAACAAGCGGGUGUUUGGGACAUCAAUCAUCAUAGCAUUGUAGAAGGGAAAAUAGUGACAAAUUUGGAUAAUAUUAAAUCAUUAAGCCGAAUAGCCUCCAUGAGAUCAGAUUUCCCACAUAAAGCCCACCAUUUAGAUGAUCAAUUUUUAACCAAUAUAUCAAAAAGGUAUGCUUCAGUAGAAGAAAUGAAUGUAUCAACGUGUCACAUCCAAGAAACAUUGUCCGAGAUUCCUAAACAUGAAUUAGUCGGAAUUCACUCAUUGAAUGUCCACAGGCCCUCUAACAGGGGUAUGACAAAACAGAGUGAAGAGAAUAUUAAAUCAUUGAUUAAAAAUACUCAUCCGCAAGGAAAAGGUAUGGGACAUGAUAGGAGAGUCACUGCAACUCCAACUAAGAGUAACUUACAGGUCGCUAACAUUCCCAACAAUAUGGCGUUGAAUGUUGUUGAAGUUGUUGAUAGAACUGGACCUAGUAUAAUAUCUAUCGACAGCCCCCAAAUGACAUCUAGUGUUAAUAACAUAGAGAUACUUUCACCAAAGGUUACAGGAAGAGGUGAUGCAACAUCCCCUGAUCCUGUUUUCAUUGCCCAACCUUUCGGAACGUUAGAAGGGACCAAGGCCAGCGAAGAAUGUGAGUCCCUUAUAUUGCAGCAGAUUGCACGAAACAAAGAUGGUGGUUAUGAUAUUUCUACUAAUAUUCGUGAUGUGGAAAAUGCUACUGUAGUAAUAAAAUGUGAUCAGACUUCAUCCGGUGAACUAACCAUGGAAGUCGUCUGCGGUACAAAUGGUUCAAAAUGUACGAACGAUAAUGAAUCUAAUUCCCCACCUGAUAAUGUUUUCGACUAUGAUAGUGGAUGUCCUGCCAAUAGUGUCACGGACAUAUUUGCCACACAGCAAAGGAAGGAACGAAAAGGCGAGGAAAACGAUGAUAAUGCUCCAGGAGGUUACGAAAAUGGUCAAAGCAACGUCAACUUGAAUAUAAAAGAAAAUUGUGUCAGGAAUCCGCCAUCUUUAAAGGCACAAGAGGAAGCACCACGUAUAAAGGACAAGCAUUCAGUUUAUGAUGGCAGUGAUUCGGUCAAUUUUUGCAUGUCAAACAACAAUACUGCGUCAUAUAAUGUCUUGAAUAACCAGACACAAUCAUUAUAUAGCUGUGGUCAGUGGAGCGUUGACCAUAAUAAUAUGCCCUCCAUUGAUGAUACGGCCUUAUCCGGCAACUCAAACACAUUUCAAAAUACCGACUUAAGUGAGACUAUUCUUGACACAGAAAAGGUGAAAUACAAUCAAGAAGAAUGUAAUGGAAUGACUGAAGAAAACUAUGGUGAAGGUAGUGUCAACAAUGGAACAUUGGAACAAGCAUAUGAAGAUAAUACAAAACAAAACCAACGACGAAUGUCGGCAUGCUGUGACAAUGCUCAAGGGAAUAUAGAUGAAGAAAACGACGACUCUUUUCGCAAAUGUAGUAGCAUGUAUGCAUGCCCCCAAGGGAGAGAAGAGUCUAACGAACAUCAAUGUCAAAGCGAAGCGAGUGGGAUUUUCCGUUUCUUUUCCAAUAUAAGAGAUAUGUGCAGUGGGUCCAGCUUUAACGUACCCGUAUUGCCAAUGUACGACAAUACGGAUUAUGAAUCAUCAGGGGAAUGUGAAAUGGGCAUGGUAAAUGAGGAUGAAUACAUGGAUUUUGUUGAAAAUGAAAAUCAGAAUGUAAAUUAUAAGGAUUCAACGAUGGAACGUGUCCUAUUUUAUGGGUUCCACGGCAACAAUUAUCAGCACUAUAGAACAGUAUACCACCCUAUUUUUAGACAUACGGAAGGUUGUACUGUGACACCACAAGAACUUGGUUUUGAUUGUCAGGAAUCCUUGAACAAUUCUCUCAAUGCCAAAAGUGAGAUAAUUGUACGCCCCCCUGUUUGUCUUGGAGGGCCGGUUUUUUUCCGAGCGAAUGUAGCCAACUCCAUUUUAUUCAGUCAAAGUUUCAUUUCAAACACAGUUUUCCAAAUCAAUUGGUAUCAAAACAGUUUACUCAGGCGGCGUACGCCAUCAUGUUGGGGGUGCUAAGAAAAAUGUAACGGCAAUAAUGCUU